AUGUUCACGCUUGCGACGAUUCUUGGGGUCUUCAAUUGUGGUUUCAACUUCAUUGCUCUUUUAAUAUUUUUUUUCAUCAUUAUUCUUGGUAUUCGGUACCGACGAGAUAUGCGCGACAUUUCACUUGUCCUAACGUACAAUACUUGUUUUGCUGCGCUUCUCACCUGUCUGGCUGUUUCGAUUAUGAACACAUCUAAUCUCUCGAACGGUUUCCUCACGUUCAACUUCGACUUCUGUCGUGUUUGGGGUCUCAUGUACGAUAUGUGCCAGUGCUCCAUCUACCACAGUUUCUACUUGCAAGCGUUCUAUCGUCUCUGUCGAGUUAUAUUCUACAAAAAGAAAUCUCUUCUAUCCUAUUCACUCUUUCUCACACUCGUCUUUGCCCAGUGGACACUAACAAUUCUCAUACUUCUCCCACCGUUCUUCCUCGGAUGGUACACUCCUUUACCAACUGAACAAUAUUGUCUUAUUCCAUACCUAAACUACAAAGCAGAAUUGUACCACAUCUUGGUUCUAUACGUUAUUCCCAUUGUAUGUAUAUCUGCCACUUACAUAUCGAUCACAAGAUAUAUUCGAAGAUCAUCCCGACAACCAACAAUGAUGCUCGCGAUUAACCAGCAACAACGAAACUUGCGUGACCUGACUGUCAUGAGACGGAUCCUGGCACUAAUAUCUGUACUGAUCGCACUUCGAGGUCCGACAAUCAUCUUUAUGGUAUACGCGGUGAUCAGAGGCCAGAUGUAUGAAUAUACAUUUGGUAUUGUGGGUCUAAUCACAGCGCUUUGUAUGAUAUUUAUGGGUUUAAUGCUGAUUCAUAUCACUCCACAGCUGAGAAAGAAUAAACUUGUUUCUAUCGUGUACCGUGACAAUCGCAUUGAAACACAAAUAUCAGCACCAGGUCAAGCAAUACAACCGCCCUAUAAUGCACAACCAUCAAUUACCGCUGGUGAACGUGGCGAGAAAAGCAAAGCUAACUUUGCACCAUUGACAUCAAAAUAUAAGAAAAAUAGUUUUGAGAACUCCGAACAUUUCAGAGAGCGUCGAGUGAUGAUGGAAUCGCAACCUAAUCGUCCACGUCGUAAUGGAUGUCUGAAGUUCUUGGGCGAGUAUCGAGCUUUGCUCGUUAAAAUGCUUAUUCUAACCAAACGCAAACGUGGUCAAACGAUAGCAGAAUUUCUACUUGCUUACGUUUUUGUUGGUCUUUUACUUGGCAUGCGUUAUUUACUCGACCGAAGUUAUUACAGUCCCAUGCAAUUUCCACCAUUUCGUCCGUUUGAUCAAAUGACAAUGAAUAGUACUUUAGCCAAUACGACAUAUUACUAUCCAUCAAAUCUGUGCACACAAACGAUUGUGACGAAUGCGAUCACUAAUCUUGCAGCGAAUGUGCCAGGUUUUCCUAAUAACGUGCAAGUUAUUCCGAAUUCGUCUAUUUCAUCACUAUCGAAUUCGACACUGGGAACCAUAUAUGCAUACAUUUAUUUUACAAAUAUCGAUCCACUUUGUUCGAGUGCGAGUGCCAUGCCUGAUCAAGUGGCUUAUACUCUACGGAUGCAAGAAAAUGGUUUGCGAUACUAUCGUCCGCAGUUGGUCAGACCACCUAUGAAAGACUUCUUGUGGAAACGUGCACCUGAAGAUUAUUGUCAAGAUAAUACAACAACGCUGAAUUAUACGACUCAGUUUUUGGGAAUCCAGUAUUUUGUUGAUCUGUCAAUAAUUCAAUACAUAACAGGCGCCAAUCCGGAUCAGUCAAGCGUCUACCUGAACCAUUUUGGUUGUCCGGCGGUCUAUCUAGACCAACUUCAUGCUGGUUUUAGUUUCUUCGUUCCAUUAUUUUACUCAAUUAUAUAUUUGGUUACGUUUAUUCUCAAUCUCGGUUAUAUCGUCGAGGAACGAGCCAAUAAAACGAAGGAAUACCUUCGGAUAUUUGGUCUUCGCACUUGGGUGAAUAAUCUGGUAUGGAUCACCCGAUCCAUGAGCAUCUAUUUUGUAUUAACUGGUGUUGCGACUGGUUUGAGCAUGAUCGUCUUUGGUAGUACGGGUACUCGGGCGACUAGUGUAACGCGAGCUGUGUUCAAUUUUACACAUUGGACACUAUUAUGGACAAUUCUAUUCGUAUAUUCGAUCGAAGUUUCGACUUUCGCAGUCUUUUUCGGCCAACUUUUCAAAAGAGCGCUUUUGGCAAAACUACUGGGUGUUGUACUUUGGAUCAUUACCUUCAUCGAUUUUUAUGGCACUGCACCUGCUGCUGUUCGCUAUAUUCUUUGUUUAUUUCCGAACGCUGGCCUUCUGUUUUGUAUCCAAGUACUUCAACAAUUCGAACGUCGCAGUAGUGGAAUGGCCACCUUCGAACAUCUCUACGUGAAUAUAUUUGAUUAUCCAUUGUAUAUUGGCGUGUGUUUACUUUUGAUGUUAAUCUAUUCCGUGAUUUACAUGUUUCUUGCUGUCUAUGUCGAACGAUUGAACCCCGGCGAAUUUGGCGUUUCUCAACCAUGGAAUUAUUGGUUAAAAAAAUCCUACUGGACGUCAUCGUCAAGUGUUCGACCGACCGACGCUAUGAAUAACAUGGAUCCGAUAGAUAAUCAUGCAGUAAACGGAAAUCAUUGGAUUGAAAUGAAUCAGGUUGAGAAAAAGAAAAGUCCAGCUAUGACAAUUGAUCAUUUGAAUAAGAAAUUUGGAAAAUUUCAAGCUGUUUCGAAUCUGACUUUGGAAUUCUUCGCAGGAGAAGUUUGUACAUUGUUAGGACAUAAUGGUGCUGGAAAAACAACAACAACAUUUAUUCUUGUUGGAAUGUUGGAGCCGACGUCGGGUCGUGUAACGAUUCAAGGAUUCGAUAAUCAAUCUCAGAUAGAAGAAGUUCGACAUCAUCUUGGCUUUUGUCCACAAUAUGAUAUUCUUUACAAUGAAUUAUCAGUUGAGGAACAUUUGGAAUUAAUUGCUAAGAUGCGUCAUAUGGAUAAAGAAGUAAUGAAAGAAUCUAUUGAAACUAUUCUUCAAUUAAUUGGCUUGACAAAUGAUCGUGGUACACUUUCAAAAGAUCUCUCUGGCGGUAUGAAACGUCGACUAUCGAUCGGAAUUUCACUCAUUAAUGAUCCAAAAGUUAUUAUUCUCGAUGAGCCAACAAGUGGAAUUGACCCGUACAAUCGUCGACUCAUUUGGACCAUCAUCAGAAAAUUGAAAUUAACUGGCAAAUGUGUUUUAUUAACCACGCAUUUUCUCGAAGAAGCUGAUGUUCUAUCAGAUCGAAUUGCGAUCAUGAGUCGUGGUCGACUUCAAGCCAAUGGUACACCAGAUUUUCUCAAACAACAAACAGAAUUUGAGUAUCGACUGUUAAUGGACAAACAAGAUAGCUGUUCAAGUGAACGUAUAACACAAUUCCUCCGAGAAUACGUCGCUAACGUUGUACUGGAACGUGAAUCAGCUGCCGAACUCGUUUAUGGAAUCAAGCGUGGCGAAUCGAAACAAAUCGAACGCUUAAUAACAGGACUUGAGCAACAAAAACAAACUAUUGGAAUCAAUUCGUACGGAUUAUCUAUGACAACUAUUGAAGAUGUGUUUCUCCGAUUAGUUCUCGAAGAAGAAGAACAAGAACAUGGUAUAGUCAAAACAACGUUAGACGAUCAAGUCUUUCGUAAACAAUACGAACGCGUUAGCGGUUUCGGUCUAUUCUGUACCCGUGCCCGAGCACUACUAGUCAAACGUUGGCAUGUAUCUCGUCGGCAAGUUAGUUUACUCUUAGGCUUCUUUCUACUCCCUCUCCUGAUCGAAAUUCUCACUGUUGCUGCCGUGCCAACACCACAAGAAAUUCAAUCCACACUAAUGAGCAAUGAACGUAUUCCCGAUGCUCAAGUGACACUCGAACCAUCGAUCUACAAUCCUCAAACGAUCGUUGCAUAUGCAAAUAAUGAUAAUAAUCUCGUUCGCACACGUUUGAUCAACUAUCUCACAAGUACAGGUGCAUCCGUCGAUGAAAUCACUACGGAUACUGUGCUUAGUUAUGUUAGAAAUCGAUAUUACCAGUCGGAAGAUAUAUUUAUCAAUAAAUAUCAAACAAGUUAUGCUGCAUAUAACAACGGAUCAUCGGGAUCACCAAUAUUACGGAUGAAUUCUUACUUUUCAACAGUCAGUUAUCACACAAUGGCUGUAAGUUUAGGUGUUGCUGCAACGAAUCUCUUUCAAUUCUAUGCUAAUUCGACAAAUAAAAGUAUUAUUACUACCAAUCAGCCGAUCAUUACACCAACAAGAGGCGCAUCCUAUAUUGCCGAAGUUCUUUCCGUUCUCUACUGCUUCGAAGCAUUUCCAAUUUCAUUAUUUAGUUUUCUAAAUGCAAUUGUAGCCACUAUAUUCAUCGGUGUUCUUCUCCUACAACUAGUCACUGAACGUUUGAAUAAUUCCAAAGAUCUUCAGCUGUUAACUAAUUUAACUAAGCGAACAUAUUGGCUUUCGAAUUGGCUCUUCGAUUUUUGUAUAUGUCUGAUACUGAUUGCAUUAUUAACUGUGAUUGUUGAGAUCGGUGCUCAAGCUAAUCCAAAAAGUGAUGCUGAAGUUCGUGUUUUUCGACAAUCAGCGGCGAUGGGCAUGUUUUUCUUCAUGUGGUUUAUGUACGUUCUCGCAUCUUUACCAUUCGUUUACGUUUUUUCGUUUAUUCCCAAAACGUCCAUUAUGGCUUUCACAAAUUUCUUCAUUAUCAAUGUGAUCGUGUGUGUCGUUGACGCAGUAGCGAGUUCAGUUGCAGUGUUUACUAAAAAUGACAAUCCGGCGGCAGGUCCAACGAGAACAGUAACAGUUAUAACAAACAUUCGGUGGAUUUUUGCGGUUUUAUUACCAUCGAUCAAUUUGAAACACGCAAUUUCCAAUAUUCUUCUACAUUCCAAUAAUGAUUGUAUAGCCGUAUCAAAUGCGAUGGUAGGCACAACGUUAGCGAUCAAUGAACCGUGGCUAUCGAGACAGAGACCUGGUGUUGGUUCCGAAUUUAUUAUAUUUAUCGUUCAAAUAUUGUUUUGGUGGAUUAUAUUGAUGAUAGUAGAAAAUCGUCUACGGAUACGACAAGCUUGGCAACGCUGUUGCUGUUCAGAUGAACCAUAUUCAUCGGAUGAUUGGAAUGACUCGCAUUUGGAUGAGGAUGUUCGACGAGAACGGCAAUUACUUCAACAGGAGAAUGAAACAACAAAAGCGUCGGUUAUUCUUGUUCGUGAUCUAGUCAAACGAUUUCAGAAGAAACGAGGAAAAUCAAAAAAUAAACAAGAUUAUUUCGCGGUGAAUCAUGUCAAUUUUCAUGUGAAACAACGUGCCUGCUUUGGUCUGUUAGGAGCGAACGGAGCAGGAAAAACAACGACAUUUCGAAUGUUGGUCAAUGAUAUUAAACCCUCAUCGGGAAAGAUUAUUAUUAAUGGAAAAAAUAUCAAUGAAAUGCAACGAGAUUUGGAAAUUGGAUUCUGCCCACAAUUUGAUUGGCUUGUGUACGAUCUGAGUGUCUUCGAAACAUUAGUGCUAUUCGCUCGAUUGAAAGGCGUCAAAGGUUCAGAAAUCCAUGAAAUGUGCAAGAAUAUGAUGACGAUAUUCGGUCUUGAAAUGUACGAAAACCGAUUAGUGCAAAAGCUUAGUGGUGGGAAUAAACGAAAAGUCAGUGCUGCUCUAGCGUUCAUGGCUAAUCCAGCAUUAGUGUUUUUGGAUGAACCAACAACAGGCUUGGAUGCAGCUGCUAAACGAAAAUUGUGGAAAGUGAUUCGGGCUGCUCGUGAUGUUGGUUUGACUAUUAUCAUGACAAGCCAUAGUAUGGAAGAAUGUGAAGCACUAUGUACCAAAAUUGGUAUUAUGAAAACUGGUCAAUUCAUGUGCUUAGGUACUCUACAACAUUUACGAUAUCGUUUUGGCAACGGUUACGCUAUACAAGUCAAAGUUGCCGGUGAUGAUAUUGAGAAAGUAAAGCAAGACUUAUCGGCAAAUAUUCCCGGUAUUGAAUAUCACGAACAACAUAACGAAGUACUCUUUUGUCACAUACCGUUUUCGUCUACAACUUCAAACGGUACGAGUUCUACUCGAUCAUCAUUCAACUUGGGCCGAGUAUUUGAACUUUUAAAUUCUCGGAAAGAACAAAAGAUGAUCGAAUCGUAUUCGGUCACUCAGACAACAUUAGAGCAGAUCUUUGUACAAUUAGCUGGUGAGGAUGAAGACGCAGAGUCAUCGGAUCACCCAGUACAGAACCAAGAAGAUAACUUUCAACCAUUGACAACCCGAUUGUAA